UCGCCGCCUCCACCUCCCCCUCGGCUGCCUGCCUUCUCCCGGCACUCCCGCGGACCCGCUCCCGCUCCGGCUUCCCGGGACUCGCCAUGAGCGGCGGUUCCGGUCGCCUGCCGCCGCCCGCCGCCUUCUGCCCGCCGCCGCCCCUCCACGGGCCGAGCUUGCCGGAGGCGGGAGCGCGGAGCCAGGGCCGGGGCAGCCCCGCCGGGCACGGCGCGCCCCGCGGCGCCCCGGGCGGCAGAGCUCCGCCACCAGGUAGUAUUGGUACAUCGUUUCAAUGCCAUUCAAUCCAUCAAGAUCACAUUUGUAAUGAUGACAGUGACAAGAGCGAAGACAGUCCUAGUCCCAAGCGGCAACGCCUUUCCCAUUCAGUCUUUGACUAUACAGCAGCAUCACCAGCCCCGUCACCACCAAUGCGACCAUGGGAGAUGACAUCAAAUAGGCAGCCUCCUUUGGCCCGGCCCAACCAACACCACUUCUCAGGGGAACGAUGCAACACACCUGCACGAAACAGGAGGAGUCCUCCUGUUCGACGUCAGAGAACAAGGAGAGAUCGUUUGUCUAGACAUAAUUCUGUUAGCCAGGAUGAAAACUAUCACCAUCUCUCCUAUGGACAGCAGCAAGCAAUAGAAGAGCCCCGAGCCUUUCGCCCACCGAAUGUAUCUCCUCGUAUGUUGCACCCAGCUGCUCACCCACCACAGCAGAAUGCAGUGAUGGUUGACAUUCAUGAUCAGAUCCAUCAGGGCACAGUUCCUGUUUCAUACACAGUGACGACUGUGGCUCCACAUGGGAUACCACUUUGCACAGGCCAGCACAUUCCAGCCUGCAGCGCUCAGCAGGUCCCAGGGUGUUCAGUGGUUUUCAGUGGCCAGCACCUUCCAGUUUGCAGUGUGCCUCCCCCAAUGCUUCAGGCGUGCUCAGUCCAGCACCUACCUGUACCAUAUGCAGCAUUUCCACCCCUCAUUUCUAGUGACCCAUUCCUUUUGCAUCCUCCUCAUUUAUCUACACACCACCCUCCUCACUUACCUCCUCCAGGACAAUUCGUUCCUUUCCAAGCUCAGCAGUCACGGUCGCCACUUCAAAGGAUAGAAAAUGACGUAGAAUUGCUUGGAGAACACCUUCCUGUAGGAGGUUUUACAUACCCUCCCUCAGCCCAUCCACCAACGUUGCCUCCCUCAGCUCCUCUUCAGUUCUUAACCCACGAUCCAUUACACCAGGAGGUGUCAUUCGGUGUACCUUACCCACCUUUUAUGCCUCGAAGACUCACAGGGCGCAGCAGAUACCGAUCACAGCAGCCAAUACCACCACACCCUUACCAUCCCAGCCUAUUACCUUAUGUGCUAUCAAUGCUCCCAGUGCCACCUGCAGUUGGACCAGCUUUCAGCUUUGAGUUGGAUGUGGAAGAUGGAGAGGUAGAAAACUAUGAGGCACUGCUGAAUUUGGCAGAACGUCUGGGAGAAGCCAAACCACGGGGAUUAACAAAAGCAGACAUUGAACAGCUUCCAUCCUACAGGUUCAACCCAAAUAAUCACCAGUCAGAGCAGACAUUAUGUGUGGUGUGCAUGUGUGACUUUGAGUCAAGGCAGCUACUUAGAGUCUUACCCUGUAACCAUGAGUUCCAUGCCAAGUGUGUUGAUAAAUGGCUGAAGGCAAAUCGUACCUGCCCGAUUUGUAGAGCUGAUGCCUCGGAAGUGCAUCGUGAUUCAGAAUGACCAACCUGGGAGCACAAAUCUGGUUUGGGUGUUUCUGGUCACAUGUAUAUAUGAACUCUCUAUUGAACUUACCCAUGUGGCUUCCAGCCUACCCUUUACACAAAAGGGUCAAUGGACCUUAUUUUGCACUGUGUGACUUAAUCAAUUAUAAAGCUUAUAACUAGUCUUCACAGUUACGGGAUUGUUAUACUAACAGUGUGAUUGGAACUCCAAAGAUUUUUUUUUUUUUUUUUAAUUUUUUUUUUAGCUUAAUUUUGUGUGUGCACUAACAUUCCCUGGGUUCUGUGUGAUCAUUCCGAGUAUUGCUGCGAGAUUACUGUGGAUGUGAUCUUUUAGCAUGUGCUUUUAUAGAAAAGAAAAAAGGAGGGAAAAAAAAAAAAAAAAAGUGGUAGCUCCAAACAAUAUAGCAAUCUACCUUAUAUAGAGCCUUCAGAUACUGUGAGUGGGGAUGAAUGGUGUGAGUGUGUGUGUGUUUGCCUGUGGCAGGAUGUGUGAAGAGUGCCUGUGGCUGAGUGUGCACGUGUGUUUGAGAACCUAUAUACCAGCAUGUACUGAGGACGUGUGUGUGUGUGUAGUAAUAAUUAUGCUGCAAUGUAUAAUCUUGUGUGUUAUUUAAACAGUACUAGUACUGUACACUGGUUCCUUUUCUUGUGUUUGCAGUUGCACACUGAAUGCAAUGGGUGCAGCAAUUACAGACAUUUAGUAUUUCCCCCCCAAUGUACUUACAGGUGUAAAGACCUUUCUACCUACUAUUCAAACAGCUGUUAAUGCUUCCCCUUCACUGGAGGCUUUAAGUGUGUACCACUAAAGAAUGCAGUGAUUCUUCAUACAUGAGUAACCUUGGGGGGUUUUAUCAUAUGUUACAAAGUCUGGAUUUUUAAAUGGCUGAUUUACAAGUUAUUUUAUCAAUGUAGAGUUGCAAUAUCGCAUUUAGCAAUAUUAACAUUUUCAAUUGCUGAUAUGAAUAUCAAUGCUUUUCUGUUUUCCUUUUAAAUUUUUCUAGCUGGGUUUGCCAGUUAUGUGCUUCUUCCGUGAAAGGAAGCAGAAAGGACACUGAGGGUCUUGUGGAACAGCUCUUAACUUCUGGCCAUUGUUCUUGCUAAGGUUAUCAUCUUUUAGCUUAUAUUACGUACACUUUUUGUCACAUACAAGGGAGUUUGUUUGUAACUAAAAUAACUUGUAAAAGGUUACAAUUUUAUUCCUGCAAGUUCAUGAAUAAAAGAUGAUUUUUAGCAUUUUCUCAGAGAAGUAGAAUUCUAUAUUUUUUUCAUUGUAUCAAAUGAGAAGGUAGGUUCUGAAUUUAGGUAGGUUCAGAAUUCAGUUGCCCUGAUGCUGCUUCUUGCCCUUCCUUAUUUAAUGAUGAGAAGGAUUUCCCUCCAUUUUUGCAAUCAGUUUUCCAGAGUGCUCCACUAUACAAGAAAAUUGGAACAGCUUCCAGAACAGUGCUGUGAAACAGAAGGGGAUAAAGUCUAUUCAAGUGCUCUGAAAAAUAUUUUACUUGGGCUGUUGAAAAAAAAAAAAUAGCUUUCUUUAUAAUAUUCACACUGUUGACAUCUCUGAUAUGCUUUAGCAAAAUAUUUAGGUCUGCAUACACCACAGUUAUUAAAAGGACGCACUUUUUGCAAUUAAAUUCUUUUUGUUAAUUCAGUGUUGUUACUUUGGUUGCAGCAGCACAAGUGGCACGAUUACCAGUAUUGCUACAACUUGCUGCCAGUCUCAGCUUUAAGUUAUUCUUUAUCAUUUCUUAUGCUUUUGUAUGCUGCUAUGCUUAAGUAUCAGUUACAGUUUCUAACAGUGUUAGAUGUUCUCCAUGCUGGUUUUCCUCUUUGAAGAUUCUACAGACCAGUCACAGCUCUUGGUGCAGCUAAAUAAAAGCACAAUUUUGCCCUUUUUCAGAUGCUUUUCUCUCUGUUUAGUUAUGCAGGUAGUUCUCAAAAGCAGUCAAGCUUUCAAUACCUAUCCAUAUUUAGGAACACUAAAUAAAAAAAAAAAAGCUGUUACAUCAACUUCAAAAUAAUAGAAUUUCUCUUCUAUGGAGUUAAAGGAUAGGCUUUUCACAAUAGCACCUAGCAGGUUAAAUUACAUGUAAUGAAAUUUAUUUUUUUAACAAAUAAAAUCAUGUUGUUUAGAAAGCAUAUGCCACACAUGUCUUACAAAACUUAGGCUCUUUUAUAUAACUGCAAAAGAAAAAAUUCUGUGUGUACAGAUUUAAACAUGACUAACACUACUGUGCUUAGUAUUCAGUUCGAAGCAUGGAAAGAGGGUACUUUUUCUAAACUUGAUGAAAGUAAACAAGACACAUUCUUCUGAAGCCAAGGAGAGGUAAUUGUCUUCUUUCUGGAACCGAAGAAAUGUCCCCUCUUCUGCCCACUAAAAUUCUGUGAGGCAGUGGGAGAUCUGGGAGAUGGAGGGGCUAAGCUGAUAAAAUGCUGAAAUUAAUUGUUGCACUGUAAUGGCUCAUCUCUUCUGGAAUGGUUCUUUGGUUCGCAUGGGACUCUUGCAGAUGAAUGUGGACUUGCUUCCCGUGGUUGGUGUACAAACAGCACACAUGCUUACGUUCUGGAUCAGCUCAAACAAGCCACAACCACAUCCUUGCUGUGGUGGCUGUCAAGAGAGGGGAUUCAUGUUCAGCUGUGAACUGCCAUAUGUUAUGCACAGCCUGCCAUGGUGCCUGACAAGCACCUGAAUUCAGCAACACUUUUUUAUGUUCGUUGCCUUUCUGCUAUCCACUGACUCUUUCUUCUCCAAAAAAAAAAAAAAAGAAAAAAAAAAAAUACAACCCAACCUCUAAUAUGUUUGCUUUAUCAUAUUGGCACUGCUGUGUUUUUUUGCAUAAACUGUCAAUUUAAUUUGACAUUUUAGUAGAUAUCAAGGCCUACAGAUAAUUCCAGUGUCUCAUUUUGUGGCUUUCUUUACAAAAAGAAGUAAGGCCAUGUGUUUUAUGUCGUUUUAUACAGGCUCUUGAAUGUGAGUUCACAGUCAUUAAUAUAUUGCAUAAUACUUGGGAUGAGAUUUACCAACUGUUUUAAUUGUAGAAAACAUUUUUGACUGAGUUAUCUCUGGGCCUUUGUAAAAGCUGUGGUUUUUUUCCUUUGGUACAUUGUUACCUCAUUUUGUUACUUGUGUUUCAGAUUUGCUAAUUAUUAUGAAAGCUUAUGGCUUUUGUUGGAAUCAUAUUUUGUUAAGUGUUUUCUUUAAAUCAUAUGCUAUUGUAUCAUUUAACAUGUAGUUUUAAAUGUAUUAUAAAUAUCUGUAACCAAAUCAUUUGAAGGCUUGAUAAGUUUUUAACAAAAUUUGUACAUUUUUUAUGAGAGUUACUAGUAAUGCUUUACUAGGUAGUGCAAUGAAUUUUUAUUUUUAAUCCCUGUGCCCAAUUUUGGAGUUGAGAGAGUUGUUCAGUAAUAAAUGUAUGAUGUACACUUA